GGAUCCCGGAAGUUUUCGGCGUUGACUUUUCCUGUUGUGUUUUUUUGGUUUUCAAACCAGGAAGAUGGAUUUACUGCCGAUCAAAUGGAUCUUUAGUCUGUUUAUUAGCUGUUUUAUCACCGGAAUCACGUGUAACUCUGUAGAAAAGAAGAUUUAUGUGGAUCUGAACUACACUGUGCCCUGUGUGCGGCUGCUCAACGCCACGCACCAGAUCGGCUGUCAGUCCUCUCUUAACGGAGAUGUGGGCGUCCUCCAUGUUCUUCAAUCAGAGAACAACCUCGACUGGGUUCUUAACACUGGUCACAGCCCUCCAUAUAUGGUCAUCCUGGAGGCGGAGCUCUUCACCAGGUCGAUCAUGAUGAAACUGAAGAGUGGCUCUCGCAGAGUGGCUGGCGUUGCUGUUAUAGAGCCAAACACAAACUUACCUGGUGGCUUCUCUCCUCACACCCAGUGCCCCAAUGAAAACACAGGUGUGUACACAGAGAAGUAUGACCCAGUGUACGCUCACUGUAACGGCACUCUGUGGAACCCUCUGGGAAACGGCCUUUCAUACGAAGAGUUUGACUUCCCCAUUUUCUCUUUAAAAGACGACAAUGACACUCAGGUGAUACGACAGUGUUAUUUGGACCAUAAUAUCGGAGUAAACGGCAGUGCUCCUGAGUAUCCCCUGUGUGCGAUGCAGCUGUUUUCUCACAUGUCUGCGGUCACAGACACCCCCACCUGCAUCAGAAGGAACAAGAUCCAGAACGACUUCAGCAUCAGCCCCGAGAUGGUGUGCGAUCCUUUGGGAGGGUUAAACAUCUGGACUUCCACUCAUCCGAUCAACAACACAGAGAAAGGACACAAGAAGUUUCAGAGCGUGGUCAUUGCCGCCGCCAGAUUGGACAGUCGUUCUUUCUUCUUUGACCUGGCCCCUGGAGCUCAGAGCAGUGCGUCUGGUCUUGUGGCUCUGUUGGCUGCAGCUCAGGCUCUGAAGAACAUCACAGAGGAGACCCAGCCCAACAAAACCAUCGUCUACACUUUCUUUGAGGGGGAGACGUUUGACUACAUCGGCAGCUCAAAGAUGGUGUACGACAUGGAGAACAAGCAGUUUGCUCUGGACCUGGACAAUGUUCACUCUGUGGUGGAAGUGGGACAGGUGGGAAUCAGACCUUCUAAUUCUCCAAUAUGGAUCCAUUCGGAUCCUGUGUCUCUAAGGAACAGCAGCGUCAAUGAAGAGGUGCGAAAGCUGAUUGAAAUCCUCCAGAACGUGGCUAAAAACACAAACGUCACCGUGAGGGAACCGGACGUGUCUCAGCCUCUUCCUCCUUCGUCCUUCCAGCGUUUUCUCCGAGCACGACCUCUCCCCGGGAUCGUCAUCCAGGAUCAUGAGUCUGCCUAUACUAACAAAUAUUAUGAAAGCAUGUUUGAUAAUCCAGAGAACCUGAACAUGAACUAUCCUCCCGACCUGAGCCCAGAGGAGCAGCUCAGCUUUGUCACUGAAACUGCAAAGGCUCUGACAGAUGUGGCCACGCUGGUCGCUCAGACUCUGUUCCUUCAGGCUGGAGGUGAUGCAGCUCAAGCUCCCUCCAUCACAGCAGACUCCAAAAUAGUGACCCAGCUGUUGUAUGGGUUUUUGGUCAAGUCAAAAAAUUCCUGGUUUGAGCAGAUAAUUCCCUCAGACUUUGUCAGCCGCCUCGUGGACAGACCUACAAACUUCUACUCUGGCGUUCACAUGCAGAGGAGCGAACCUUCGUUUUUGGUCGAAUACAUUUUGGCUAAUUUAACUGGGAAUGUUGUGAAUGUGACUGAAGAAAACUGCAAGAGCCAGAGGGAGAGGGAGGACGAUAAGGAUAGCAAGCACUUUUACAGUUACAUGUGGGUGCAGGGCGCUCUAGCUCCUAACAGCACAGACAGACAGAGUUACUGCGUCAGAUCUUCAGUUCGUUCAUCUUCUGCGAUCUCUCCAGCUUUCGACCUGGACCUCCUCACCUCCUCAGAAUACUCCACCUGGACCGAGUCGAGGUGGAAGAAGAUCACAGGGCGCAUUUUCCUUGUGGCCAGUCACGAUUUAGAGAUGCUGACUUUGGGAGUGGGCAUCGGCAUUCUUCUUCUGUCUCUUCUUCUAACCUACGCCAUCAGCUCAAAGGCAGACAUCCUGUUCUGUUCAGGGAGGGAACCCACUAACGCCACCUACUGACCAACUACCAGGACAUUCACGCAACAAGGACCACUACUCCUACUACUAUUGCAAAUACUUCAAAUACAAGGGCAGGGUAUUUCUGUUGACACACAAAUGGUAGGUACAGAGAUUUAGAAUUUGUUUCAAUGGACUCACUGGUUUUGUGAGACAGGCCAAUGAGACUUUUUAAACCUUUGGCCAAUUUUGAUUCAACCUGGACUUAUAAUUUGGGCCGAAAUCAGAAGUCGAAAGACGGCCGGCCCUUUUGAGAGGAUGAGAUGUUAAUAUUUCAUAAUUUUCUUUGAGUUUUUUUCUGAUUUUAAAUGUUGAAAAAUGUUUUGUUUCGUGUUUUCUGGACACUAAACUUUGCGCAUUACUUAUAUGGGACUGUGUGUUUGUGUGAGUGCAGUUCAAAAGUAUGGCUGAGUAUUUCAUUGCAGUGAAUGUAUGUUUUAGAGUAGAUGAUAACUGUAUGAGUGGUUAAAGCUGCACUGUGGAACUUUUAGGACUUAGCAUUAAACCUCAAAACUGUUAAAGGUGCUGCAUCUGAUUCUGAAUGUCUUUAAAAAAAAAACUUAUAAACAGAACUAGUUAAUUUUAAAAGGAUCGCACUGGUCUUCUUCACUUACCUUACACACUCAGAGCAUCUUAAUUACUUAACGCAAUGAGUUUAUAAGAGCUUUUGGCCACAACUAGCAUGCUAACACAUACUUCCUGAUUCUGGGACAUUAAAACACUUUAUGAUUAGAUGCGGACGAUACACAGUGGACUUAUUUUGGCCUCAAGAGCUGCUUAUCUGUACUGAGCCCCUUUUGAAAUGCAUAUUAUAUUUUGUUUUCGAGGGAAGAUUUGAUCAAUUAGAUUCUGAAUUUUAAAUGCUGUUGAAUUUCUCAUUUUGAAUUUUUAACUCUUGAAUUAUUUUUAUUCUGAAUGACAGUGUACAUUUUCAAAGUGUUUUAAAGUUCAAUUUCACACUCUGAAUUUGAGGGCUUGGAAAUAUUUGUGUUGAAAAGGUGAUUU